GCAAGAAAAUUUUCAAAGUAAUUACAAACGUAAAUAGGAGAUACAUUUCGAGUAUCAAUAGAGCCCAAUUUCCGCCCCAAAGGGAACGGUGGGAAAUGGGUUGGAUGAAUAGAAAUAUGAUUAUCAAGUUAUAAAAAUUCCAUGGAUGAACGAAUUGAUCGGCUAGUAGGUAGUUGUAGGAGAUUGCAUAACCGACCCUCCUAACACACUGAGUUGCACUUGUGGUGUUCUUGUUGCACAGCUUCCCAGGCUUCUGUCGCCUACGCAUGCACAGCAAGGGUGGAUCCCCUGUGGCGUUUGUGGAGUACCAAGAAGUACGCUAUGCUGCACAAGCAAUGGCUGCCCUGCAAGGCUCCUUUCUUCUCUCCUCCGAUCGCGGUGCCAUUCGUAUCGAAUACGCCAAAACGAAAAUGGCUGCAGAGGUCUGUUCAAUAGCAUUUACCACUGCUACUACAAAUCUUUCCCAGCCCUUUCAAUUUAUCGUAUGUUCAAAGGCGGAAUUUUGUCACUGUCGAAGAAUCAGCCAAGUUCUGAACAAGAUCAAAGGCGUCAGAUUGGUGUUGUAACUACUACUGUACAUAAUACGAAAGCUUUUGUGAUUAACAUUGAUAUUGAGCUAGUUUCCUUAACACAGUAGAUUUUCUUGUAGUUUUCUUUUACUUUUGAUGUUCCUUAUAUAUCUACGUAUCCCAAGUUGGUCAAAAUAUUGUAGUUUUGUUCUACCGGUUCGACAAUCUCGUCAAUAAUUUUUGAUCAAAUAGUGAGUGAAAUCGUUGAUUUAAGUUUAACCAAUUACCUCUGCCACUAUAUAAAUUGAUAUUCGUCUUAUAAAAUUUUAAUCGAAAAUAAAUAAUGUUGAUUAUUUUCUAACCAGAAAUUAUUAAAUCAUCAAUCCCUAGCAAUUAUGCUUUUGUUGGUAAGGUAUAAUAGACUAGCUGACCCGGCGGACUUCGUACUGCCUCAUUCGAUAAAUAAAAGACCUAAACUUUUGUAUAAAAUAAACUUAAAACAAACAAAAGGAAUCCUUUUUGUCUGAGGUAUCGAUCGACAUAGAGGAUGGAUCGACAUAUUAGUUGGUUGUCAAAUGUCAAA